GACGCCCACGCAGGUACGGGAAGUAUGACGCGCGCCGCCGCGCUGCUGGCGCUGCUGGCCGGCGCCGCGCGCGCGGCCGUCGAGACGCACGAGGUGCACGCGAGCGGUAGCUUCGGGCUGCUGCGCCGCAAGCACGUGAACCCGGAGCGGCGCCUCCAGACCGACUACGCGCCCUCGGCAGCGCCGUCCGAGGCGCCGACCUUCGAGACGUACAUGCCGACCGCCGAGAACGAGCACCUCGGCACGUGCAAGACGGCCGACGACGUGUUUACGUGUGCCGUUGCCGAGGACGCGUGCGAGAAAAAGUCGGGCAACACCUGGAUACCGUCCAAUCUCACGCCCCUCGUGGACGGCUGCUGCGUCUGCGAGCUGGGCUGCGACUAUUCGGAGGAGACGGGCGACAAAGGCGCGAUCUGCCUCGCGCUACCGUCGGCCGUCUACGACGCCGUCGAUAGCGACACCGUCGACGACUACAUGCAGUUUGCGGUGGCGGUCCUCGUGAACGCCGACCCGAGCGACCUCAAGUUAGAUCGGCUCAGCAGCGCCGAGGACGCCUAUCAGGUCCAGGAGGUACCUGCACGGCGGCGGCUCGCGGGCGCGCCGGCGGACGAGCGCCGGCUCCAGCAGGACGCGUGCGAUGUUUGGUACGAGUACCACCUGGUUUACAAACCCAAACCGGCGUCGGUCUCCCUCCGCAAGCAGAAGGCGACGCUCGACGCCACGAGCGCGGCGGACUGGGAGUCGGCGAUCCACGACGCCAUCGAGGCCGUGACCGGCCUGGACGUCUGCGACGCCGACGACAACAUCUACUCCGCCGUGGGCGGGAACUGCGCCCUCAACUGCAACCUGAAGUACGGCGCCGCCGCGGGCACGUGCACGACCCUCAAGUCGGGCGACGCCGCCUGGAAGGACAAGUACGGCGACCGCGCUGUCGAGGCCGUGGGCUGGGCGGACGCGCAGCUUAUCAACGCGGGGUACACCGCGUGCCAGUACGCCCCCGAGGCGGGCGCCAAGAUGUACCUGCCGACGGCCCGGCCGACGUUCGCCGCGCCGACGCGCGUGCCGACGUCCAAGCCGACGGUGUUGGGGCAUCGGGAUGCCAACGCGUCGUACGCCCCCACGUACAAGCCGACGCACCAGCGGACCGGCAUCCCGACGGCCGAGCCGACGCCGCAGCCGAGCACGGCGGUGCCCUCGGUCGCGCCGACGUUCGCGACGUGGGCGCCGUCGGAAAUGCCGACGCCGGUGCCGGUGCCGAAGCCGACGGACGUGCCGACGCCGAAGCCGUCGUUUAAGCCGACGCCGAAGCCGACGCCGCAGACGCAGAAAUCGCCGGAGCCGACGCCGGAGCCGUCCGUCAAGACGCCGGCGCCGACGAAGGCGCCGACGAAGGCGCCGAAGCCGGCGCCGACGCCCAAGCCGACGGCGGUCCCCACGUCGUUCCCCUCGCUCACGCCGACCGUGUCCCAAGCGCCGACGCGCAAGGGCUCGAUCACCUGGGCGCACGUCGGCGAGGACGUCGAGGUCCGGGGCCUCGACAUGCACAAGUUCACGGCCUACGCGGACAACAGCGUCAUGUUCUACUUCGCCGGCGACCACAUGGACUGCGACGACGGCGCCCGCGGCUACAAGAUGACGGCGGACCCGCCGAUCAACGACGCGGCGUGGAACAACGCCAGCUACUGCCUCUACCCCAACGGCAACGGCCUCGGCGCGGGGCGGUGGCCCCCGAGCUGCUGGCCGACGUACGACAAGAAGGGCAAGUGCACGAACCAGGACCGCGAGUGCGACGUCGAUCAGGACUGCAACCGCAAGGCGUGGUGGCGCGCCAAGUACGGCGUCGGCGAGUGCAUGGCGCCCCACUACGACGUCGACCUCACCUUCUACCAGAAGCGGGACGACGGCACGUCCGCGCUGGUCCGGACGGAGAACCACGUCUCGUACACGCCGUACGUCAACGUGUCGUGGCACCUCGACGGCCAGGCCGACGGCCUCUACUACUUCGUGGCCGCGGAGUCGACGUGCGGCGUCACCUCGACGUCGCCCGACGUCUUCCUGACCUCGUCGCAGGCCCCCACGCCGCGGCCCUCGGACCAGCCGACGAGCGUCCCGACGGCCGCGCCCUCGCUCGCGCCCUCGCCCGUGCCCUCGCCCGUGCCGACGGAGCCGGGCCUCGCGGUGGUGAUGACCGACUCGAACCGCCCGGGCGGCGGGGCCAUGAAGUUCGGCGCCGGCGGCGGCGACCCCGAGAAGGACGACGUCCUGGCGUUCGACGGCGGCGACGGCGUCACGGUCGACAUGGCCGUGGCCUUCACGGGCCAGGACGAGUCGGCCAAGGUCACGGUCAAGCUCUGCAAGGACGGCGAGGCCUCGGACUCGUCGCGCACGACGGCGACCGACGACGCGGACGACGCGUGCGGCACGCUCGUCGCGACGCUCGCGGCCUCCGUGACCGUCACCAAGGACGCGGCCUCCUACCCCGUCACGAUCCCCAACGAGAUCGACGGCGCGCCCCUCGACGGCACGGGCUACUACCUCGUCAUGAGCGUCAUCUACGACCGCCGCAAGCUCAGCACCGGCGCGACGUCCUUCGCGACCGGCACCUUCGGCGUCGUGGCCUUCUACCCCACGCCGCGGCCGACGCGCGUGCCCUGGCCCGCGCCGACGGCGCACCCCUCCGUGUCGCCGACCGUGUCGCCGACGCCCGAGCCGACCGAGGGCCCGACGCCGCGGCCGACGCCCAAGCCCACCAUGUGGCCCACGGCGGCGCCGACGGCCGAGCGCCUGCCCUUCCAGAUCCGGACCCAGGGCACGGCCCAGAACGGCGACUGGACGGACCGCUCGCUCAACUUCGAGGAGCCCGCCCGGACCAAGAUCCAGUUCAUCCAGGGCGCGGGCUACAUCUCCGAGACCGGCUGCGCGCGCGCGUACCCCGGCGUCGACUUCGCCGCCGCCACGUCCUCCGUCGCCACGAAGGACGACUUCCUGGGCCAGUGCGGCCAGCAGGCGCAGUACGGCCCGUUCGUCUUCGACUUCGAGUUCGACGUCCUGCUCGUCGAGGCGGCGACGGACGCCGUCGUCCAGAUCCUCUGCUCGGGCUGCCAGUCCGACGGCGAGAACAUGUGGACGGGCGACUGGACGCCGGACCGCGCGAAGGUCGACGCCUCCUUGCCGACGACGCUGUACAGAAUCAAGGUCGUCGAGUACUCCUACGGCCUCGUGGGCCGCUCGUCGCCCCUGACGGUCCAGGACGGCGUCUUCGACCCGACGCCCCGGCCGACGCCGACGCCGACGCCCGCGCCGACGCCCGAGGCGAGCAACCCGACCUCGGUGCCGAUCCCCGCGCCGACGAUGCUGCCGACGGAGAACACGCUCUCCAUGGAGCUCCACGGCGCCGACGGCCACCUCGUGCCCCUCUGGAAGAGCGGCGACGGCGGCUACCUCGCGGCGGGCGAGUCCGUGACGGGCACGCUCCGCUUCACGGGCGACGAGGACCAGAGCCGGCAGGUCACGAUCCGGCUCUGCCGCGGCGAGGCCGUCGCCGGCCCCGACCUGUGCACGGACCGCGACGGCAAGUUCGUGGCCGAGGUCGGGUUCAUGCAGCAGGUCGACUACGACGCCUCGGCGGCCUCCAACGACGGCACGCCGAUCAGCUUCUCCGUGCCGACGGGCAUCCAGGCCGGCAACAACUACUUCUUCGUGCUGUUCGCCUACGCGGACGCGCGGCGCAAGAUGCUGGACAACGUGUCGCCGGCCGGCACCGCCGCCGCCGAGACGCAGACCUACGUCACGGGCGCCUUCACGGUCUACGACUACGCGCCGACGCCCGCGCCUUCUCCGUCGCCCUCGACGGCCGCGCCGUCGAACGUCGGGCGGGGCCCGACGCUGAACCCGACGUACGAGCCCACGCCCAAGCCCGUGGAGGACAUCCCCUGCACGGCCACCGUCGAGUCGGGCAUCCCCGACGACAAGGUCUGGGAGUGGGGCCAGGACGUGGAGCUCAAGAUCAAGAUGUGCCACUGGUACUCGUACUCGUACGGCGUCGUCGACGUGCUCCUGUACGGCGACGAACCCAACGCGGACCCCGUCGACUCGCUCGCGCAGUACCAGAGCGUCCACGACAACACGCUUACCGUCAAGUACACGGUGCCCCAGUGCACGGACCAGGACCUCGUGACGGGCGAGUGCACCACGGAUGGCCUCAACUUCCCCGACAACGAAGGCGUCCCGACAACGGGAAGUUCUAGGGACUCGUUCAAGCUCCGCAUCAUCGAGUACGGCCACGGCCUCGACACGGGCGGCUGGACGGCCUCCGGGCAGUGGCCCCGCCAGGACCUCGAGUUCAAGAUCCGCACCAAGCACAUCCAGGCGCCCACGCCCGAGCCGACGAAGGCGCCGUCGCAGGACGGCACGAUCGACUGCUUCCACACGGCGCUCUUCGCGGGCACUGAUAUGACGGGCGGCACUGGAAAUGUUGCGGCAGGUCAGGUCGAGAUGAACAAGAUCCGCAAGUUCAGCACCUACGGCGACGGCCUCACGGCGCCGCUGGUGCCGGGCGCCGAGAUCUUCGCGAACAUCGAGUACUGGCCCCUGGACCGGUACAGCUCGGGCCGCGGCACGGCCCGGGGCGACGGCACGUUCCGCAAGGCCACGGCCAAGGAGGGCCAGCUGCGGUGGAGCGUCUGCUCCGACGACAUGACGACCGUGUGUGGCGUCGACGAGGACUGCCCCGCAACCGGGGCCACGUGCGUCGCCGACCCCCUGGGCGGCCGGGGCCGCUUCGUCUACCCGUACGUCGACGGCCCGAUCGCGAACACGGACGGCGCCCCUGCCGGUGGCGGCACCGCCGACCCCGGCGUCGGCGACGCGUACGCGGGAGAAUGCUCUACCGAUGGUGUCCUCGGCGCCGGGUCGGGCACAGACUGCAAAGACGACCUCGACUGCACCGCUGUGCCCGGGGAGACGUGCGUGCCGGUGGCCUACGGCGCAGUCUGCUCCGACGACAUGACGACCGCGUGUGCCGUAAACAACGACUGCACUGCCCCCGCCACAUGCGUGCUCAAGCCCACCGACCGGCAGGGGUACCUCACGGAGCCCGAGCCGAUGCACACGUACUGGCCGUUCGGCUACAACCGGACGACCCACGCUUGGACGUACGGGUACUGCCCCCUUGCGCCCGGCUCCGACAAGACGUGCUGCUGCGAGACCGACUCGGACGCCCCCGGGUACGUCGAGGAUUGCGAGACGCGGUACCCCGAAUGGGACUGUUCGUCCAUGAAAACGGGUGACAUGAAGGUCGUGCCCGUCACGCGCCAGAACGUCACGGUGGCCGCCAAGGCCACGAAGGUGACGCUGCGCCUCUGCCGCGGCGAGUGCCACAACGACAAGAACUUGGGGCACGUCUCCGACGCCGGCGACCGCAAGAAGGGCGACAAGGAGUCGGCCGACGCCCACGGCUUCUUCGGCGCGCUCAAGUACGACGUCCAGGUCGACGCGAACGGCCCGCUCGGGUACGGCACGGACGGCGCGUCGCUCGCGGCCGGCGAGAACGGCCCGUACGAGUCGAUUACGCGGGCCGGUGCGGGCGCGUGGACGGUCUGGGGCUCGGGGGGCCACCCCAACGCCCAGAGCUACGGCGUCGUCGGCGGCAAGGUCCCGCUGACGCUCCCGACCGACCUCGAGACGGCCGACGACUACCGGAUCCUCGUGCACGAGGAGUCGACGGGCCUCACGUGCCGGAGCGACUACUUCACCAUCGCCAACGCCGGCGAGGUCCCGACGCCCUCGCCCGUCCGCAAGGCGCCCCCGACGCCGCGGCCGACGGAAGGGGCGACGCACGCGCCGACGCCCGCGCCGACGCCGUCCACGAUCACCUUCGUGCCCGAGCCCCAGUUCUGGCAGAAGGAAUCCACCCAGACCGUGGAGAUCCGCAUCGGCGACGUCGACCAGGCCUACUCCUACGGCUUCGGCGCCGUCGUGGACCUGCUCCUCUACGAGGCCGACGGCGCGGACCCCGUCGGCACGCUCGCCGUCUACGCCCAGGUCACGGGCAACAAGCUGAGCGUGGACUACCCCGUCCCGGCCGGCCUCGCGGGCACCGACUUCCGGCUCCGCGCCAUCGAGUACACGCGCGGCCUCGACGUCUACUCGAAGCCGUUCGCCAUCGGCGACGCCGCGCCGGUCCCGGCGCCGACGGCCAAGCCGUCGACGGCCGCGCCGUCCCUGGCGCCGACGGCGGACACGGUCGUCGUCGAGGUCAGCGGCGUCGACGUCGGCGGCACGCUCGUCAAGGACGAGAAGUACGACCUCCAGGUGCGCUUCACGGGCGACACCUUCGACGAGCCGACGACGGUCGUCGUCUGCCGCGAGGAGUCCCUCAAGCACAACCGCUGCCCGCUGAACCCCGCGGGCGACGGCGCGCAGGACGCCAUCGCCAACAACGCGCACGACGGCGACGCCGUCCUCGCCCUCAAGGUCGCGGCGAGCACGACCUUCGACUACACGCCCGCCGCCACGGGCCGCUACGUCUUCCAGGCGUGGACCGCGACGCAGGGCGCCUUCACGUCGCCGACGUACACGGUCGCGACCACGGCGCCGGCGGCGGACGCCGCCGCCGCCGCGCCGGCGACGCCGCCGGCGCCGACGGCGCGGCCGACGGACGCGCCCACGGGCAAGGGCCUCCAGGUCUCGGCCGGCGGCGACUUCUGGGUCGCCGGCGACGCCGCGACGGUGUCGGUGCAGUACACGGGCGUCGCGGCGGGCUCGGACACGGACACGUGCUACUUCGACGUCGUCCUCAUGCAGGGCGACGCGCAGGUGUCCGCGCUCGCGACGGGCGCCGAGAGCCGGAACUGCAAGCUCACGCUGAGCGUCGACACGGGCGCGCUGGCCGAGGGCACGUACACGAUCCAGGCGAGCGAGUACACGCGCGGCUGGGUCGGCGCCUCGGACGACGUCGCGGUCGUCGCGACGGCGCCCGCGCCGUCGCCGACGGCCGCGCCGGCGCCCGCGCCGACGCCGGCGCCCGUCGCGGCGCCCGUCCCGACGGCCGCGCCGACGCCGUCGGGCAUCUCCGUCACGGAGAGCCUCGCGGGCGCGACGGUCGCCGCCGGGGCCUCGUUCACGGCCGAGCUCGCGUACACGGGCAACCUGAAGAAGGCCGACGGCGUCGUGACCCUCCGGAUAUGCGAGGGCUCGGCGACGCCGUACGCGGGCCCGGCGGACGCGUACGACUCCUGCGCCCAGGCGGGCGACAAUCUGGCCACGGCCGAGGCGGCGAGCGACGGCAGCUGGGCCGGCUCCGACCUCGCGCUGCCCGCGGACCUCGCCGCCGGCACGUACUACCUGCGCGCCGACACGAUCGCGCGGGACGCGGACGGCGCGACCAUCGACCUGGCCUACGGCGCGAACCGGCUCGCGUACGUCGGCGCGAGCUUCACGGUCGCGUAG